AUGCCAGCCUACAAGAAAGCACAACAAUACGAUUCCGACGACUCUGAAGAACAACAAGAAGAACAAGAAGUCAUUGAAGAAGCUGAAGAAGAAAUUCAAGACGUUAACGAUGCUUCUGAAGAUGAAAAUGCUGAUUCUGAUGAUGAUAUGCCAAAGAAUAAGCCAUUGAAGAAGCACGGUUUCAAUGGUGGUAACCGUGGAGGUUUUGGUGGUGAUAGAGAAGGUGGCCGUGGUGGCUUCAGAGGUGGAAGAGGUGGCCGUGGUGGUCGUGGAGGAUUCAACAGAGAUGGUCCACGUGGUAUUGAAAAGCAAGAUAAGAUGGGAGGUGGUUUCAGAGGUGGCCGUGGUGGUUUUGGUGGCGAUAGAGGUGGCCGUGGUGGUCGUGGUGGCUUCAGAGGAGGUCGUGGUGGUAGUUUUGGUGGUGAUAGAGAUGGAGGAAGAGGUGGUUUCAGAGGAGGUAGAGGUGGUGGCCGUGGUGGUGGCAGAGGUGGUUUUGGUGGUGAUAGAGGUGGCCGUGGUGGUGGUCGUGGAGGAUUCAGAGGAGGUAGAGGUGGUCGUGGUGGUAGAGGUGGUUUCAACAGAGAUUAA